UACUGAAAACAGUUUACGGUAGGCGAGUUUACGCUGCUUUGUGCGCUGUUUUACGGCACCGGACUGAAAAUUCCGUUUCCAGGGAGUAACCUUAAAUCAGCGGGGUUUUAUCAUCAUCGUUAUUAUUAUUGCAAGAUGGAUUAGCGAUACCGCUUCAUCAGGCAGGAGAGAUCGGUGCAUUGUUGUUGUGUCGCUGUUUAGUUAGCAAAGCUAAUCAGUGUUCGGUCCGUUACCGAUAAAUAUCUCAUUAGCAGCAAACCGUAACUUUCAUUCUUUGGGAAAUAAUAUCGAGCCAAGAAUAUUUAAGUGUUUGGUGCAGAUACAUCCGUUUAAAACCCCAUCAGACUCGAGUUUCUUUUUUGUUUUGUUUUUUUAGUGUGCUUAGCUAACACUUUAGCAUACGCAGUUGGUCCACAGCGUGUCCUCAGUCACGUCGCGUAUGUUGCGUUCAAGUGCUGUCGGAAUUAUGGUUCAAUACGAAUCCCCAACCUAGAAGUUGCACACAAGUUAAUAGCACGACUUGAUAUUCACAGAGUACUCGGGCUUAGGAAAGUUUCCGUUUUAGAGGUCGAUCUUUUAUUUAUUUAUUUUUAAGUUUCAUGUAGUCACGGAUUAACUUUGUAUCUAAACGUUUGGGUUAUGCAUUUUUAGAGUGAAUUAGAAGUCUAUAACGUCUCGGUGCGCUUGAAGGAAAGGUCUUUUCUGUGAAUUAGAGAAUUGCAGGAGCGCUUGAAUGCUGCAUUAGUGUUGCUAGCGGACCGCUGAGGCGCGUGAACUAACAUGGGCACAUGAACGGCGCUUUUCGAAACAUUGCAGCGCAGGGACUCGACCACAUACACAACACAGAAACAAAACCGCGACCCAGAAUGUCUACGAGUGGUUUCACGGAUUUGCGCGACAAGCUGAAGUCGAUGACUCCGCACAGGGAGAACCAGAAAAUCACCAAAGUCUCCUCCGGGCUGAAGAAGCGCAAGCGCCGCGACUCCGGGGACGAGCACGAGCAGGCUGAGGAGGAGGCGCGCAAAGUGAGGAGCGGUAUUACCCAGGCGCGCGUGUUCACGCCUGAGGAGUGCGCGCGCAUCGAGGCGAAGAUCGACGAGGUGGUGCUGAAGGGGGACCGCGGGCUGUACCGGGAGCACACGGUGGACCGCGCGCCGCUGCGCAACAAGUACUUCUUCGGCGAAGGCUACACGUACGGCGCGCAGCUGGAGAAGCGCGGCCCCGGGCAGGAGCGCCUCUACUCCAAGGGGGAGGUGGAUGAGAUCCCGGCUUGGGUGCACGAGCUCGUGAUCGACCCCCUGGUGGCGCGCGGAAUCAUCCCGGAGGGCUUCGUGAACAGCGCCGUGAUCAACGACUACCAGCCCGGCGGCUGCAUCGUGUCCCACGUGGACCCCAUCCACAUCUUCGAGCGUCCCAUCGUGUCCGUGUCGUUCUUCAGCGACAGCGCGCUCUGCUUCGGCUGCAAGUUCCAGUUCAAGCCCAUCCGCGUGUCCGAGCCGGUGCUGUGCCUCCCUGUGCGCCGCGGCAGCGUCACUUUACUCAGCGGCUACGCUGCCGACGACAUCACACACUGCAUCCGGCCGCAGGACAUCAAGCAGCGCAGAGCGGUCAUCAUCCUCAGGAAGACGAGACCAAACGCACCUCGUCUGGACACGGGUUCUCUCAGCCCUUUCUCCAGUCCCACUUCAGAGAGACGGCACGUGCUGAAAACGAAGCGCUCACAUCGCAAAGCCGACCCAGAUGCUGCACACAGGCCUCGCAUAUUAGAGAUGGAUAAAGAACAGCACAGGCGUUCACUCCUCCUCCAGCAGAGUCGUCACGGCAACGACGAUGACGACGGUGCCUCAGAGAACUCCUGGAGGAGAGUGGUGAACACGUCGUCGUACCCGUCACACUCUGAACACACGUCAUCAUUUCGCCGAGUGAAGAUGAGACGCCACUGAAGACCUCGGAUCAUUAACAAUCGACUGUUAGUAAAAACCGUAACGUUAGACACGUUCUAAACGUCAGCGUAGAGAAUCCAUCAGGCUACCGGUGAGGAGAGAGUGGCAUCAGCUUACUGCGGGUUCGUUCUUAUUUAUAUGUUUUUUUUUUUUUGUAAGAAGGGGUGUGAAUAGAGCAAGUUUUAGUUUUAGACCUCAUUACGGACGUCUUAUAGCAGCGUUACGAACAAACCUCUGCAGUCACACAAUCAAAAGAAAUUCUGUUUUGUUUAAGGAUUUAAAUAUUCCCUUUUGGUCUGCUUUAUGCUGUUUUUCAAUUUCUGGCACCUUAAUAUGAAAUUCUUGAACUGACGUCUCCUUUUUUUUUUUUUUUUCCCCCUUUAGUAGAAUCGUUAUCUACUUGCAAAGGAAUUAUACGUGUUUUGAAGAUUUCCAAGAUGAUUCAUAAGCCGUUGUGUGCAUGCGAGUGAUUUAUUUUUUUUAAGGGAUGCAUCGAUACCGAUGAUAUAGGAUAUUUUGAACUUUUAGAAUUUUCUGCAGCCAAGACUAGAAUACUACUUGACGCUACAUGAUACGAGCUUAGCGAUCUGGACGUAUUUCGCGGUUAAUGAUCAAACAGAGCAGAAAAUAUCACCAUGUCUUCCUACAACACAAGUGACCUGAUUUAAAACAUCUGUAUGGCGUUGAAACGGCAGCAUCAGCAAGCAUGCCGGUUUAUUUAAAAAAAAAAAAAAGAGCGCAAGGUGCUGCGAGUUACACGCAGCACAAACUGAUCAUACAGAGAAACCGAGCACUUCACUACGACGUCUGCGAGCACUGAGGCACGCCCACUUCCUUUUCCUUUACUCAUCACAAGCUGUACUUUCAUCAGCACCUUGCGCACUACUUUUUUUUUUUUUUUCCUUUAAAUGACCACGAGUACCAAAGAAACGUACUUGAUCUGAUAAAGGUAUCGCUGCAUCCCUGGUUGAGUUGAACAGUGGAGUAGAAAUACAGCAAACCUUCAGGCUCAAAUAGGAAUAAUUCUUUAAUAUGGUCCAUACGGACAUGUGCAAAAAAAAAUCUGUUAAAUGAUCAUUUUUGCGUGGAUUUUUUUUUUUUUUUUUUUUGAAAGACGAAGGACCCUUUUUUUUUUUUUUUUUUAGUUUGUAGGUUUUCAGAUAUUCUUCUAUUUCUGGAUGACUUUUGGAAGUAGAAAGAAACAUCGGAUAUAAGGAUUAGACACUCGUACGAAUCUUCGCGCUCAAUGGUUAAAUCAGUAUUCAGAUAGACCAAGACAUUUAAGUAUUUAAUUUGUUCUGUUGGGGGUGGCAUUCAGGGUGAGCUGUGUAAAGCUACAGUGGACGUUAAACCCGCAAGUUUGAGUUGAAUUUCUUCAUGCCUGUAACGAAAUUCUAUUUUGAAAAAUGAAUUGAACGGUUGUCAUGUGGUUUACUGUAAUGAUAAAUGGGUAUUUUUGCAUUAAAGAUGUACAGGCCUGAAAAGAAAUUAAAAUGAGUUUUAAAAAAGAUGCUGGAUGUGCAGU